CAUGGAGUAAACACACGUGCAGCAAACCGGCAAAACAAAGCAUCACACUGUUUGGGACCUGGAUGAAUCGUUUAGGGUCACAGACAAGUGGUUGAAAAUACUCCACAGUCAUCUCGACUCAAUGUUUGAGUCGUUUCAUGAAAAUAUACCUAUGUUUUGACAACUGAGUGCGUCUUUGCAACUGAUUUUAUCUGGUUGACCCGGGAAUCCCGUUGCCAUGGGUAAAUAUAGUAAUGUGCCGAUGACACGGAGAAGCCAGUCUGUGGGAGGAAUCAACCUAGCUCGACGACCAAAGAGAAAUGUGUCCAUAAAAACCUACGAUGACACUGUGGGAUUAUCCCGCACGGAGGAACGUGAGCUGAAGAAAGCCCUGUAUGCUUCCCUGCAGGAGUGUAAACGAUUAGCUCGUUACCAGCUGGAUACUGACGAACAACCUGUACCACAGCCAGUCCCUCGCCAGACCCGACCCAUCAGGAGCCGAUCUUGGCCAUACACGCCGUCGGUGUGCAGCACAGCCACACCUAGCACUUGUGUCAGUGUGGACGAAAGCAGCCAGGACUCGGUCAAGUCUUCUGUCAGCUCAGUGGCCGAACAGAAGACCAGACAGGAGAGGAAAAUCCAUGCACAGCGCAAGUUUGCACAAGGGUCCCUUCCUCCGACCCCCAGUACAACUCCAGUGAAGGUCAAGGCCUCUCCCAUCAAACUUCUGCCGAGACGAGCCAAGACUGAGGACUUUUUGACAUUCCUCUGUUUACGAGGCUCCUCGGUCCUUCCUCCUCACCUCGACUUCUUCAACUUCUCCAGAGGUGAGCCCUCACAUGGGGAGAUCAGCGCUCCAGAGACGCCCCCACGUCCAGAGCCUGGAUCCAAGUGUGAGAGAACAAGGGAGAGCACUCCUGAGUCUUCCAGCGUUAGCACCAACGAUGAGCUGUAUGAGAUAGGAACGCCUUCACCUUGUAGUGUUAUAGCCAAUGGACGGAAUGGUCUGAGUGCCAGGAAGGCAGCCCGAGCCAGCGCCAGCACUCCAGAGACAGCCCGGGGCAUCGUCAGUCUCAGUCAAGGCCUCACCAAGAAAACUACACGCGUAAGCACCCCACAUCGUGGUCGAAAAUCGGGUUCAGUGGACAAGACUCCUUCCCCACGGAAAGGGUCUCCACUUGUCAGGGGGUCGCCAUCUAAACGAGGCUUUGCUGUGAAAAGCUUGUCGCCUCAGUUCUCAAAGACGCCUCCCAAAAAGAAGCUUAGCCUCAAGCAGAAAGCUCUGCUUUCCUUCAUGCCUCGUAAAGCAAGCACUAAACAUGGCAGUCACAGAGAGGCCAGCUCAAAGCAGGCUGUGCUUGAGGGUAGUCAGUCUUCCCACAAUUCCUUCAAGCCUGUGGACCCAGUCACCCUCCACAGGAAGUCGUCUGCUCAAUCCUCCAAAAGUCUCAAGGAGAGACUAAAGAGAAAGAAAGAACUAGUGGAGCAGAAAUUUAGGGGAGAGAGCAAUGAAGAAAACAGCUUUGUUGAAAGGCAAGUUGAAAGUCAGAUCUCAUGUCAUGAAGAAAGAUGGACGAGUGGACGAGGCAUCACGGAAGAAGAGCGGCAGGAUGGAGGAGCAUCCAAGGAAGAAAAGGAUGGUUCGAUAUGCCAAGAUUUGUUCGAGAGGAAGAGGAGUUUCAAAUGUACACUGAUGACGAUGACGAUGAUGAUGAAGUGUCAUUCGGGAAGGUGUCAUCAACAGGCAGCAGGCCCGCUGAGUGUGAAGGAGAAGAAGGGGAAGAAUUCAGGGAGGAAGAAGAAGGUGAUCGGUAUGAGGACACGAAGCUCCAUCCAGACAGUGGUGGCAUCUCCUGCCAAGAUUGUAGCAAGUAAACGACUGUCAGCUGUGAAGAAGCUGCGGAAGGCCAAAGGAGAUCAGAUGAUGCUGUCCAAGAUCAUUGAGAAGAGGAGGAGGCUGAAACAGGAGGAUGGGAAGGGGGAGGCAACCAAGAGGGGGAGGAAGCCCACAGGUUCAAAGAAACUUGGCAAUCCUGAGAAACAGAGUCGGUCCGACUCAGCCCUGAAGGCUGACCUGUCCACUCUGAUGGAGGUCCCGACAUUCCGCCCUUCAGAGGAGGAGUUCCGUGACCCCAUCCAGUACAUUGAGAGUAUCCGAGCAGCAGCUGAGCCGUACGGCAUGUGUCAGAUCAUUCCCCCCUCCAGCUGGAAGUGUGAAAGUAAGAUCAACGAAGACAUGAGAUUCACAGCCCAGGUUCAGCUUGUACACAAGUUAUACAAGAGGUGGGGCCCUAAUAGCCAGUUCACAGCCUCCGCCAACAAGCACCUGGACGCCAUUGGGGCCAAUCUUGAGCCGUCGCCCCAGAUUGGGGGAGUUGAGGUUGACCUGUGCAAGUUAUCACGGACAAUCCUGGAGUUUGGUGGGAUGCAGAACGUGGUUGACAAGAGGAAGUGGGUGAAGAUAGCGGACGCCAUGAAGAUCCCCAAACUGGCCCAGGACCGAGGGAUGCGUCUGUACGACGUGUACUGCAAGUACCUGCUGCCCUACGACACUCUGUCCAUGGACGAGAAGACGUGUCUGGAGCAGUCAGUCAUGUCGGAGAGGCAGAGGAAGGAGAAAUCAGGGAAGGGGGAAGACGAGGAGGCUAUUGUCAAGGGCAAAUCAAACCCACUGAGCACUUUCAACAGGGUUGCAAGAAAUGUGCGCUCCAUGUGGUUUAAAGAUGAACCUACUCCAGAACAAGUUGAGUGUGAAUACUGGAGACUGGUUGAGGGUCGCAGCAACCAUGUAGCGGUGCAGUGUGGCCAUGUCAGCACCAGCACCCAGGGGUCGGGCUUCCCCAGCAAGAAGGACAGUCCUUACGCCAGGCAUAGCUGGAAUCUCAACAACCUGUCUGAAAACCCCAAGUGCAUUCUCAGGUGCUUAGGACCAGUCUCAGGUGCUACUAUCCCAACUCUACACAUCGGCAUGCUGUUUGCCACGUCCUGCUGGUGUACUGACGUCCAUCACCUGCCUUACAUACAGUACCUCCACACAGGGGCCGACAUUGUCUGGUACUCCAUCCCGAAGCAGCAGGAGGGGAAGUUGAAGACAGCCAUGAAGGAGUUGGUGCCGUCCCUGGUGUCACAGGACCCUCACUGGCUCAAGGAAGAUACUGUCAUGGUCAACCCAUCUCGUCUGACGGCACGAGGCGUGACAGUUGCCCGGUGUGUUCAAAAACCCAAGACAUUUGUUGCCAUCUUUUCCAAGUCAUACACAGCCACCAUCAGUGAUGAUGUUAGGUGUGUACUGGGUGUUGAGCUGAUGAUGUUAGGUGUGUACUGGGUGUGUGUACUGGGUGUUGAGCUGAUGAUGUUAGCUGAUGAUGUUAGGUGUGUAGCAGGUCUGAAGGUGAUGAAGCGAGGGGGGAUGUUGGAUGACAUGCCAGCGGCGCAAUUGUCCCGAAAGCGAUCAUUGGACCAAGUGGAGGACAAUGUCUGUGACAUCUCCAAGAAACACUGCUACUUCUCAAAGGUCGUGAAUGAGAAUGAGAAUCUGACCCUGUCUCUGGAGGAGGGACUGAAGCAUGUACAGAAGAAGAAGAACUUGAAGCACUGCAAGCUUGUGUACAGAUACCCAGAGGAGGAACUGAAGAGCAUGCUGCAUAGUGCACAGUGUCGACUGGACAUCAGCAGUGACAGCACCAACACCUCCAGCAAGAAGCGGGGACUGAAGAAAUAGAAGACAAUUGGGGAAUGAAGUCUUUCUUGCCAUGCACUACCAAUGACUUGCAGUGGGAAUCCUGCUCUAGAGAAACUGUUGCGUCAUCGAAAAUAUGUGUUUGUGAUACACGUCCAGGAGGUGUGUAGUGUCUCAACAUGGGACAUCAGCCAGGCAGCAUACAGGAUAUAUGUGCCAUGUGUUAGAAUAUGAAGGCAUUGUACUGUGUGUCAGAAUUGUACUGUGUGUCAGCAUAUGGAAGCAUUGUACUGUGUGUCAGCAUAUGGAAGCAAUGUACUGUGUGUCAGCAUAUGGAAGCACUGUACUGUGUGUCAGCAUAUGGAAG